AUGUCACUAGACACAGUGUGGGUGAAGAUGGAGCCCGGAGAGGUGUGUGUGAAGACAGAGCCUGGAGAGGUGUGUGUGAAGACAGAGCCUGGAGAGGUGUGUGUGAAGACAGAGCCUGGAGAGGUGUGUGUGAAGACAGAGCCUGGAGAGGUGUGUGUGAAGACAGAGCCUGGAGAGGUGUGUGUGAAGACAGAGCCUGGAGAGGUGUGUGUGAAGACAGAGCCUGGAGAGGUGUGUGUGAAGACGGAGCCCGGAGAGGUGUGUGUAAAAGAGGAGCAGGAGUGUGAGGACAGCGCCUGGCAAGGACUGAGCACGGAGGCCACGCAGGCCGGAUUUUAUACCGACCAUGAGGUCAAGGACGAGUUCGUGCUGGGCCCCGAGGAGUGGCACCGACCUAAAGUGCUCCCACUAAAAGUGUGUUCGGAGGGCAGCGCCGCCCGCGCCAGGGAACAGCACGCGAUGGCUUGUCCUGUGGUGCUCGAGCGCCUCCACGGCGAUGCGACUGUUCACAGUGGGACCAAACCAUACGGCUGCGAACACUGUGGCAAGCAUUUCGGAAACAAAUAUAUUUUAAGGAAUCACAUACAAAACACACACUUGUCGACCGGACAAAAACCAUUUGCUUGUGAGUUUCGUAGUUCUACGUUUUGCACCGAAUCGCUUGUAACAGAACACGAGGAGAGCGAACACGGUGUUACAAAUUUCAUGUGUGUUGAAUGUGAGUAUACAACAAGCUCCAAGAAAAGGUUGGAGACUCAUUUGAAGAGUCACUCUUUGGAGAAUAAUUUCAAUUGUAAUCACUGUAGUUACACAAGUUCGUGUAAAAGUGAUUUACACACACACCAAACAACACACAUUGCUGGAAAUCCUAUGAAGUGUAGCGACUGUGAUUUCAAAUGCAAUGAUGAAUCAAAACUGCGACGUCACCAGAAGACGCACUACCGUAGCCACCAGAGUAUUAUUACUAGAAAAACAUCUUACAAAUGUAGUUAUUGCGACUAUAAGUGCAGUACUGGUUCUAUGUUACGAAGACAUGAAAGGACACAUACUGGCGAAAAGCCUUUUCAGUGUAGCUACUGUGAUUACAAAUGCAGUCAGAAGUCAAACUUACAAUAUCACCUGUCGAUACAUACUGGGGCGAAGCCAUUUCAGUGUAGCCACUGUGAUUACAAAUGCAGUCGGAAGUCAAACUUACAACAUCACCUGUCGAUACAUACUGGGGCGAAGCCAUUUCAGUGUAGCCACUGUGAUUACAAAUGCAGUUGGAAGUCAAACUUACAACAUCACCUGUCGAUACAUACUGGGGCGAAGCCAUUUCAGUGUAGCCACUGUGAUUACAAAUGCAGUCAUAAGUCACACUUACAAAGACACCUGAGGAUACAUACUGGGAAGAAGCCAUUUCAGUGUAGCCACUGUGAUUACAAAUGCAGUCGGAAGUCACAAUUACAACAACACCUGAUGAUACAUACUGGGGUGAAGCUAUUUACAUGUAGCCACUGUGAUUACAAAUGCACUAAAAAAUCGAAUUUGAAAACACACCAGAGGAUACACACUCGAGAAAAGCCUUUCAUAUGUACUCAUUGUGAUUAUAAAUUCAGCAAUAAAUCCAACCUGCGACGUCACCAGAUGACGCACGGGACGAAUCUUAAAAAGCAAUAAUAGCGACUACAAGUGCAGCCUGAAACAGCACCUGCGGAGACACCAGAUGAGACGCGGAAGAGAACCCUUAUUAUAGGGAUCGUUCGCGGCGGAGGGUAUGUCGCCUUUUGUCCUAAAUCGGAAAGUUAAACCUGACAUUGACACAUCGCAAUAAGCAGGGGGCUCCUGUGCUGCUCCUACAGUACAAACAUAAUGUACUUGUACAAACGUAAUCACUUAAUAUUAAAUACAGUGCUGAAGUAUAUUACUGUCGAUCCGCUAGUUAGUGCAGUGAGUAAGCGCUGUGAGCGAAGUGGUGAGACAUGUGGCUUCCGAGCCGGAGGUCGUGGCCUCAAACUACAAACACCACCGACUUACUCGGGACUUAUGUACAUAUAGGUAUUCGAAUUAGAAUUAUUUUAUUCUUAAGCACACAAACAAACGAAACAUUACAUAAUAUGAAAGAAAACACAGAAUAAGAUUAAAGUGCCAGGAAAUGUCCUCAUCUCAGCAUGUUGCUGGUGGCUUCCAGCGCUGAUCUUCCGAUGAAACCAUCAAGUGAGAAGAACCACGGAUGGUAACAGACAAGAAGAA